UAUUGGCAUAUCCUUUAAUUUAUCACCCACCAUUUUUGGUAUCAUCACUACUUAUUAGCACUUUUUCCUUUUACAAGAAACUCAGAUAGUACAUUUGUUUACUAUUGAUUGGAAGAAAUGGAGGUUCAGAGUAGGAAGGAGGUGAAGGGAAGUGGGGUGGCAAAGUCUUCACUAGAAGGAAAGUGUAAUUUGCUUCUAAGGCUUUGUGCUUUGGUUCUAACACUUGUGGCUGCUGUAGUUAUUGUUGCAGAUAAACAGACCAAAGUGGUUCCAAUUAGCAUUUCAGAUUCUUUGCCACCUUUGGAUAUUCCUGUUACUGCUAAGUGGCAUUACAUGUCUGCCUAUGUGUAUUAUGUGGUGGCAAAUAUUAUAGCAUGUGCAUAUGCAACCUUAUCUUUCAUUAUUGCUCUUGCAAAUGGACACAAAAGUAAAUUGCUGGUGACAUUGAUCACUCUACUUGAUGCAACAAUGGUAGCUUUACUCUUCUCUGGCAAUGGUGCUGCAUUGGCUAUUGGUGUUCUUGCCAAGCAUGGAAACUCACAUGUGUUAUGGAACAAAGUGUGCAAUGUUUUUGACAAGUUUUGUAACCAAGUUGCUGCUUCAUGUUUGAUUUCACUUCUUGGGUCAUUAGUAUUCCUCUUGCUUGUCAUGCUUCAUGGUUUGAGAAGAACCUAAGAUGCAUGAUUUGGAGAGGUUAUUUGGUCAAUGAUUUUUAUGUGAUUAACUGUUCGGUGUACACAACUUUUUUUUAUCAUGUCUUAUGUGUGGCAUAAUAAUGUUGAGAUAUUUUUCAUUGUAACAUUUGUUAAAAACUUAUUGAUUAAA